AAAUCAAUUUAAUUACAAUUUUAUAUUCCCAUAGAAAUGGACGUAGAGGAGACCCAAACCGCCUCCAACACCGUAAGGUCCGAAAUCGCUAUACCCAAAGCGUCGGCUGCACCCGUUGCCGCUCCAAGGACCAGGGUUAUGCGACCACCGCCAUCCGCCGAAGCAGUCAGGGAGAUGAGAGAAGAGCAGCUAUUGGAGCCACAGGGGCCUCCAUGUUGCAGCCCGUGCCAUCGCCCACACGCCCUGAAACGAUGCUCCAUUUUUAAGAGCAUGAAGCCCGCUCAACGAAAACAGGUUGCAAGAGCCCAUGGGCAUUGCAUGACCUGCCUGGCAGAUGACCACGGCACCAUAGAGUGCUGGGCCGACGGCGCCUGUCAAUAUUGCCAGAGGCCCCAUCACACUCUAUUCCAUCGUUUUUCGCGCCGAGCCAAUCCGUCGGAAAGUAGCACCAACACACGUACCAGACCACGCAGUGAUGCUAUUCGGCGUCGACGAAGCAGCCAAUCAACCACAACGCGUACACGGCCAUCUCCGCCACGCCACGCUCAUAGUCAGCACCAACGACGCUCAACAGGGUUGAGCGCUGUACUCAGUACACUACAACAGCUGCAACGGCUCCUAGCCGAUUAAUUCGCCUAGGGGGGCCGGGAUGUUCACAUGAGCUAUGAGCGUUCUGCAGCAUCCCACAUCACAUCACCACACAUCACCACACAUCACAUCAUAUCACGUCACAACACCUCAUCACACAACAGCUCACAGCAUACCCCAAUACACACACACGCAUCAAACACCGAUCAUUACUACAACACUGCAACACAACAACCAUACGAUCAUCAACGAGACGACUCGUAAUGUUAGCCAAUAUUCACCGCCCAAACCAUCAAAAGGGAUUGACCCGACCGGGAUUGUCUUCUUACCGUUUCAUCCAUGAAGAAAGAGAGUCGUCCGCGAAUUUAAGUUGUAUCAGCAUUCUUUUUGCAUUUUUUCACUUGUGCUACCGCAAAAAUCACCGCAAUCUCCGUUUUAAUAAACCGCCAAGUGACGGGAGUGACGUGACACAGCAAGUUCGCCAACAGUGUACCACCGUGGGUUUCGCGAAAAACCCAAACAAAAUAUACAUAUAUUUAUACAUAUUUAUAUUGUGUAACUUUACCUAAUAAAUCUUUUAUAAAGUGUGUGGAAAUCAGUGUGUUUUAUUUCCCACCUCAGAAUUAUACUGCAACACGUAAGUAUACUAGUGGCAUACGUGAACACAGCGAAUUAAAAGACAGCGGCUAUGCUGGCUAGGUCAUGUUGUCCGGAUGGAUGAAAACACUCCAACUCUGAAAGUAUUCGACGCAGUACCUGCCGCGGGAAGCAGAGGAAGAGGAAGACCUCCACUCCGUUGGAAGGAUCAAGUGGAGAAGGAUCUGGCUUCGCUUGGAAUAUCCAAUUGGCGCCAUGUAGCGAAGAGAAGAAACGACUGGCGCGCUGUUGUUGACUCGGCUAUAAUCGCGUAAGCGGUGUCUACGUCAGUCAAGGACCGGAAGUCGUGAGCUGCUUGAGUCAUAUGUAAAAGAAUCGUUUCUGGCGACUCCCAAGUGAAUGGCGAUCAGAGAACUUUCCUCACUUGCGUGAACUUCUACACAUGACUCCAUCCUCCAGCUGCGUUACAUUGAAAAAAAAAAUUUAAAUGAUAAAUUUAACUUUCUUUUCAUUUCAAACUACAUAAUUUCACGAAGGGCAACGGCUGCGGGGUCAGAUAGUUUAAUAUAAAUAAUUCUUUUAUUUGCUACUAGAGGAUCCGUUCACGCUUUGCUGUGGCUGAUACAUAGAUGAUAUUAGUAAUAUCACCGCAAAGCGUUUCCU